GGGCUGUCACGCGUCAUUGGGCAGAUUAUGUGCAGCAAACAAAAAGUGUGUGUCUGUGUGCCAGUCACUCACUGCAUCGGGUCCAUCUGCACCGCUCGCCUCCCCGGCCGCCUCCCCGCCUCGCCCGCCCGCGCCCCGCCGCCGCCCGCGCCCCGGCCCCCGGCCCGCCGCCUCCCCGGCCAUGGAGCGGCACUGAUACAAUAGCGCCGGGGGCAGCGGAGGCAGGAGCCCGUCUUUGUGCCACUUGUCGGGGCGAGGAUUACCUUCCCCCUCUCCCUGGCAUGGAGGACGCCGGCGUCCAGAGGGGAAUAUGGGACGGAGACGCCAAGACGGUCCAGCAGUGCUUGACUGACAUUUUCACCAGCGUUUACACCACCUGCGACAUUCCGGAAAAUGCCAUUUUCGGCCCCUGCGUCCUGAGCCACACGUCCCUGUACGACAGCAUUGCCUUCAUCGCCCUCAAGUCCACCGACAAGCGCACCGUCCCCUACAUUUUCCGGGUGGACACGUCGGCGGCCAACGGCUCGUCGGAGGGCCUGAUGUGGCUGCGGCUGGUGCAGUCGGCGCGGGAGCGGGAGGAGCAGAACCUGGAGGCCUACAUCAAGAGCGGGCAGCUCUUCUACCGCUCCCUGCGCCGCAUCGCCAAGGACGAGGAGCUGCUGGUGUGGUAUGGCAAGGAGCUCACGGAGCUGCUGCUGCUCAGCCCCGCCCGGGCCCCCGCCCGCAGCAACGGCUCGCCACCCUUCGCCUGCCCCGAGUGCAGCCAGCGCUUCCAGUUCGAGCUGCCCUUCGCCGCCCACCUCCGGUUCCGCUGCCCCAAGAGGCUGCACGGCCCCGACACCGGCCCCGCCGCCGAGGCCCCCGGCGGCAAGGAGGCGGCCGGCGGCAAGGAGCAGGAGGCCGGCAAGUACUGCAAGCCCGGCGGGCCGCUCCACCACCCCUUCCCCGGGGCCGACGGCGGCAGCGCCGCCGCCAGCACCAAGCCCUCCACGGACUUCCACAACCUGGCGCGGGAGCUGGAGAACUCCCGCGGCGGCCACGGCGGGUCCCCGGGGCGGCCGGCGCCCCCCGAGGGCGGCCCCGAGGCGGCGGCCGGGAAAGCCAAGCGGCGGUACCCCGAGGAGGAGGAGCGGGGCCCCGGGGCGGCGGCGCGGGGCCGCUUCCCGGCGGAGCGGCCGGGGCUGCCCUCGGCGCCCAAGGAGGAGCCGGUGUGCGCCCCGCAGCAGCAGUACCGGGCGGCCGGCUCCUACUGCGGCUUGGAGGAGGGCGGCCGCCUCUUCGCGCCGCCCAGCCCGGAGACGGGGGAGGCCAAGCGCAGCGCCUUCGUGGAGGUGAAGAAGGCGGCCCGCGGCCCCGAGCCCGACGGCGGCGGCGGCCCCGAGGAGGGCCAGGAGCGCGCCUCCCCCGCCGCUCCGGGGGCGGGCGGCGGCGAGCCGGGGCUGUGCCCCCGCGGCGGCCCCGGGGGCCCGCUGGCCGCCCGCCUGGAGGGGGGCAGCCCGGCUCGGGGCAGCGCCUUCACCACCGUGCCGCAGCUGGGGGGCGGCCCCGGCGGCGGGGCGGAGGAGCGGAAGAGCGCCUUCUCCCAGCCCGCCCGCUCCUUCCCGCACGUCCCGCCGCUGGUGCUGGGCCAGAAGCUGGGCGGGCUGGGCGAGCCCUGCCCCGACGGCGCCGCCGCCCCCGCCCGCCUCUACGCCGCCGAGGCGCUGGCCGUCAAGCUGCCGGGCGGCGGGGAGGCGGCGGGCGGCGGCGGGGGCGGCGGCGGCGGCGGGGGGGGCGGCGGCGGCGGCGGCGGCGCGGCGGGGGGGGGGCUGCCCAAGCAGAGCCCCUUCCUCUACGCCACCGCCUUCUGGCCCAAGAGCUCGGCGGCGGCGGCGGUGGCGGCGGCGGCGGCGGGGCCGCUGCAGCUGCAGCUGCCGUCGGCGCUGACGCUGCUGCCGCCGUCGUUCACCUCGCUGUGCCUGCCGGCGCAGAACUGGUGCGCCAAGUGCAACGCCUCCUUCCGCAUGACCUCGGACCUGGUGUACCACAUGCGCUCCCACCACAAGAAGGAGUACGCGCUGGAGCCCCUCGUGAAGCGGCGCCGCGAGGAGAAGCUCAAGUGCCCCAUCUGCAACGAGUCCUUCCGCGAGCGCCACCACCUCUCCCGCCACAUGACCUCGCACAACUAGCGGGGACACCCCCCCCCAAACCCCGGGGAUAACCCCCCACCCACCCACCCACCCGCCGCGGACGGCAGCGGCCGCCCGCCGCGUUCUUUCCUUUCCUUUCGAUGCACGCAUUUUCACUUUCCGGGGAGGGGCGGGGAGGGCGGCAGGGGAGAAGGAGAAGGAAAAAGAAGACGAAAGAAAGAAAGAAAGAAAAAAAAAAAAAAAAGAAUAAAAGCACCGGAAAAAAAAAAAAAACAGACGAAGGAAAAAAAAAGCAAAUGACUUAAAAAAUACAUUUUUUAAAAUGUCAUAUAUUGCAACAUAUUGAUGCAUUUGUCAUACGUUUCUACUUAAAUUAUUAAGCACUUAUGGUUUAGAUGUAAUAAUAAUUAUAUGUCGGGGUAAAUUUUUAUUUUAGAUAUAAAGCUAAAGGCGGGGAGAAGCGCGGCGGGGCCGGCGGGGGCGGCGGGCCGGGGUCCUGCAUGCACCGGGCGCCUCCCGCCCGCCCGGCCCCCGCCGCUCGCGUCCCUUUUCCUACAGAGUGUCACUUGGUGCCCGUGAAAUGGAGUCUCGAUAGUUCCGUGUUACCUUUCCUUUUCGGUUCGGUUUUUGGGUUUUGGUUUUGGUUUUGGUUUUUUUCCUUCCCCCUCUCGAAAAGAUUUAUUAAACUUUAUAGUUUAUCUGGGUAUGUUGGAUGCUUUGACAAUAAAUGACUUUAUUUUCUUCAAA